AGGAAAUUAUGGACUGAAACCAAUUGCGAGAACUGAAAUGAGGCAUGAUUGAUCAUUUGGCCAUAGGACAGAAACCACACACCAUCGACAUAAGAUAGAAAGAGGAAAGGGAUAUCGUUACUAGAUUCCUUGGUCUUCAUUGGCUGGACAUUUCUACAAACAUCCUGGAUAAUACGUGAACUCUCCUUGUGGAAAUGGCAUUGUUUACGAGGCUAGGGCAUGGGCGCCGCUUCACCAACGUCAUUCUUAGAGUCAUUGCUAUAGUGGCACUGCUGUGGACUGUGGUCUUUGUGAUCAGUCCUACAGAGAUUGAAUGGGUCCCCACCUUAAGCUGGAGCAACAGAUGGCUGGCUUACAAAGAGUAUGAAGGGAAUGUAGAGGAUGCAUGCAACUGCUCGUCCCUCUUGCAGGGCGAUAUCGAUUGCAUGGAGAACGCCAAGUUAUUGAGCAUCUCCAAGGAUUUCCGAAAGAAGUUCCUUAGAAAAGAGGAUAAUUACAUUAAUGCCACCGUGAAUUGCAGAAACUUCCAGACAAGGAAGAAGUACACAAUGUUUCCUCUAAGCAAGGAAGAGGAGGAUUUCCCCUUGGCUUAUUCUAUUGUUGUCCACCAUAAGAUCCAGAACUUUGAACACCUGCUGCGAGCAAUAUACGCACCUCAAAACCUUUACUGUGUCCAUGUGGACAAGAAGGCUAGCUUGGCGUUCCUGGAAGCUGUCAUGAGCAUCACUUUCUGUUUCCCUAACGUCUUCAUGGUCAGCCGACCCGUGGACGUGGUCUAUGCCGGCUGGCCAAGAGUGCAAGCGGAUAUCAACUGCAUGGCUGACCUCUUCAAUGUCAGCACCAAAUGGAAGUAUUUCAUAAAUCUGUGUGGUCAGGACUUCCCCUUGAAAACCAACCUGGAGAUGGUGAGGAGCCUGAAAAUGCUGAAGGGUGCCAACAGCAUGGAGACGGAGAAAAUGGCGGGCGGGAAGCGUUGGAGGGUAGAGGCUGCUCACCACAUCGUGGACGGACAACUUAAGGCCACAGGAGAAAAGAAAGCGCCAACACCCUUCAACCUUCCCGUGAUGUCGGGUAACGCUUACAUACUGGCUAGCCGCGGCUAUGUCCAGAGUGUGCUGCAGGACCAGCGAGUGCAGCAGCUGAUCGAGUGGGCCAAGGACUCGUACAGCCCCGACGAGUUCCUCUGGGCCACCAUCCAACGCAUGCCCGGUGUUCCCGGUUCCUCACCGCCCGAUGCCAAGUACGACUUGACCGACAUGAAUGCCAGAGCACGAAUGGUCAAGUGGCAGUGGCACGAGGGGCCAGUCUACCCUAUGUGUAGCGGACACCACGUUCGGUCCGUGUGCGUGUACGGCAUCGGGGACCUGCAGUGGCUUCUGGAACAGCAUCACUUUUUCGCAAAUAAGUUUGACCUAGCAGCUGACCCGAUAGCCAUUCACUGUCUGGAGUGGUACCUGAGGCACAAGGCACUGACAGACGUAGAUCAGUGGUAAAGUUACACAUGAUGUAUGGUAGGAAAAUACGGUUGAUAAUACGCUUAUGGCAGAGUCCACAGACGAGUCACAUAUAUCGCUUUAUUUUUUGCUGGUUAUUUAUUGGGAUCCUUUCAUUGUAGCAUUAAGAUGCAAAAGUAAUGUAUGUGGAUUGCCUUAAGAUUAUUGGUUAGCUCCAGAGGCGGACAGAGUACACAGCUUCCUUACUUGAGUAAAAGUACAGAUACCCCUUGCUAAAUUUUACUCAAGUACAAGUAAAAGUACUACAGUCAAAUGUCUACUUAAGUAAAAGUACUGAAGUACUUGUUUUUAAA